GUGAGAUACGACCUUAUAUAUGCGUUGUGCUCUCAACUUUAGGUUACAAACACAGAGUAAUAAACUAUUAAACGGUAGGUCGGAGCAACGGCAUGAACGCUGGCGUCUCACGGCUAGUAACGGGGAGUCAUCUUAAGGUGAUCAGAUCAGAGGUGAUCAGUAUUUGAUUGGAAGGAGCCACUGCACUGUGAUUAAAGCACCAAGCCGCACAUCAUUAUCUGACCAUUUGAAAACAUGGUACAAAACAAAAUCACAGAGGUCACAGGAUUCCAUCGCUCCUUCAAGGGGCAAAAUCCUUUCAAGACUGAUGAAUUCAUAGAUUCUGAACCCCAUCUUGACUUGUCCUUCAAGUUCGACCGCUCGCCAAGGCCUGACCUACCAUCCAGCCUGCCCAUCAAUAUCCCUGAUGCCAAGAAGAGAAAUAAGAAGAAAAAAAGAUGCAGAGCCACUGACAGUUUCUCAGGACGUUUUGAAGAUGUUUACAAACUACGAAAUGAGAUUCUUGGAGAAGGGGCUUAUGCUGUUGUUCACACCUGCAUCAAUCUGAUCACCAAUAAAGAAUAUGCAGUAAAGAUAAUUGAGAAGAGGCCAGGCCACAGUCGGAGCCGUGUUUUCAGGGAGGUGGAGAUGCUCUACCAGUGCCAGGGCCACAGAAACAUUUUGGAAUUGGUGGAAUACUUUGAGGAAGAGGACAAAUUUUAUUUAGUCUUUGAAAAACUGAGAGGUGGUUCUAUCUUGACUCACAUACAUCGAAGACAACACUUCAAUGAGCAGGAAGCCAGCAUAAUGGUGCAGGACAUCGCCAGUGCUCUGGACUUCCUACACAACAAAGGUUGGAACAUGUUAGUGUUGAUACAAUGUAAUGUUAAUCAUGCACUCUAUAUAUUAUCAACAGAUGAUUGUUUAUGUCUCGUUAUAGGGAUGGCACAUCGAGACCUAAAGCCAGAGAAUAUCCUCUGUGAACAUAGUGACAGGAUCUCUCCAGUGAAGAUCUGCGAUUUUGAUUUGGGUAGCGGGAUCAAACUGAAUAGUGACCGCUCUCCCAUCUCCACCCCUGAGCUCUUGACUCCAUGUGGCUCAGCUGAAUACAUGGCCCCUGAGGUGGUGGAGGCCUUUAGUGAAGAAGCUAGCAUCUACGACAAGCGCUGUGACUUGUGGAGCCUUGGCGUCAUCCUCUACAUCAUGCUGAGUGGAUACCCGCCCUUUGUGGGUCGCUGUGGAACAGACUGUGGUUGGGACUGGGGAGAGCCCUGCCAAGCCUGCCAGUGCAUGCUGUUUGAGAGUAUUCAGGAAGGCAAGUAUGAGUUUCCAGAGAAGGACUGGGCACACAUCUCCCCUGCAGCCAAAGAUCUCAUCACCAGGCUGUUGGUGCGGGAUGCCAAAAACCGCCUCAGUGCUGCCCAAGUUCUAAAGCACCCUUGGGUCAAGGGGUGUGCACCCAACGCUGUGUCUGCAUCUAUUUUACAUCAGAGGGGUGGGAGCGCUCAGGACCUGACGUUCUUUGCAGGGCAGGCUGUAGCCAUGAACCGGCAGCUGGCUGAGAGGGAAGAGAGUGCGGAGCAGCAGCAGUUAGAGAAUGAGCUCUCUUCCCCGCUUCUCCUCUCCUCUAGCGCUGGCUCCAUGCGGUUGGCUCCUUCCUCCUGGUCCAAGCUGGCCCACCGCAGGAAGAACCCAGGCAGCCAGCACCGAGGGGCAGUGUGCGCCGCUGAACUACGCCAGCUCCUCACCCCACUUGUUAUUGUGGGCGACUGUGCCUGAUCUCUACCACAUUCUCCAGCCUCUGCUCUCCACUGACCACCGCUAUUGGAAUCUUCAACUAGACAGGGUGUUGACCUCUGACCUCUCUGCCCACUUACUUUGUGGGCUCGAAGCUCUUGUGAAAAGGUCUCUGAUGCUUGUAGCACUUAAAGCACCUCAAAUGCCCCCUGCAAAUGUAGUUUUGAUUGGAUAAAAAGCUUGUUGUGGCCAAGACAAAGACUUGUUGAUGUCUGAGAGUCCCAGGAAUCUGUCAACUGUAACAAUGUUCAUGAAAACCCUUUGGAACCAAAGGAUUCAAGUUGCUUCCAUUCAUCUAAAACUGGACCUAAGCUAUUUAAUUUCGAAGCAUCAGCAAAAACAUUUUUGCUCUUUGCCUUUG